AUCGAAUUCAAAUCCACAAACCAAACUACCCUUAUUUUGUUCUCUCCUCCACUAAUGUUCACACAAAAAGACCAUGAAACCCCACAUUCCCAUCAAAACAAAACACAACCUCCUUUCUCUUUCUGGCUCUGUCUCUUCAUGCCCUCCCAUUUUGCAAGCUGUAAAAAAGAGGUAAUGCCUUAGUUAGCCUUUACCCCACCUCACCUUAUUAUUCCUUCUCCCACAGACAAAUGGUUUCAGCUUAGCUGCAAACAAAAGAAACUUCCUUCUUCCCCACCUUCACAAAGCUCCAUCCUCUCAACAUUGGCCUGGUAUUGAAGUCUUCCUCAAAAGCUCCAAACUUUCAUCGAGCCCUUCUCAUAACAUGGUCCCCCUUCCAGAAUUUCUAGCAAUGUCACAGUUUGCUCUUCUGGGUUUUGUGUUUUGCAGGCAUGGCAGGAAGACUAUCAUAACUGCUGCCGCUGCUAUGGAUUUUGGUGUUGAGACUUUGAGCUUGUGAAAAGGGGAAAAGGGAAGAACUUUGUUUUGUCUAAGGUUUUUAAUUACUAAUUAGAUAACAAUAAUAGUAAUAUAUUAGUACAAAGAAUGCCAGUUCCUCUUGCACCUUAUCCAACUCCACCAGUUGCUCCAUAUAAUCCUCCUCCUCCACCUCCUCCAGCUGCUGCUGCCAAUGGUGGACAAAGCCAGCUAGUGUGUUCUGGAUGUAGAAAUCUGUUGCUUUUCCCAGUUGGGGCAACCUCAGUUUGCUGUGCUGUCUGCAAUGCAGUCACUGGAGUUCCUCCUCCUGGCACAGAGAUGGCUCAGCUGGUAUGUGGAGGCUGCCACACUUUGCUCAUGUACAUUCGUGGCGCGACAAGUGUCCAAUGCUCAUGCUGCCACACUGUCAAUUUAGCCUUGGAAGGUAAGGGGAAAAGUUAGAAUCACUAAAAUUCCAAAUUUUUGGCCAAAAGGGCAUCUCAGGAAUGCUGAAAUGUGGGGUUUGUUGUUAUAAAGUUUCAGCCUUUACCCUAUUUGAGGCAUACAAUUUUUUGAGAAUUGGAGUGAUGUUCAUCCUCGCUAUCCAAAUUGUGAAAGGUAUUAUGUUUAUGCAUGAAAAGGUGAUGGAUGGUCAAGCCUAAAGAAACCCCCUAACUGAAUGACCAUGAUCUCCCAAAAUUUGGCCUAAAGUGGGGUUUUUUAAAAACUUAAGUCAUAAAGUUUUACCCUUUAUGAGGAUGAAAUACAAUUUUUGGGAAAAGCAUUUGAGUGAUGGUUUGGUUCUUGUCUUGGCAAUUUGGUGUUUGGGACAGCAAACCAAGUGGCACAUGUGAAUUGUGGGAACUGCAGGAUGCUGCUGAUGUGCCAGUAUGGAGCUCGAUCUGUCAAAUGCGCAGUCUGCAAUUUCGUUACAUCAGUUGGGGCCUCUGCAAGCACUCCAGAGCAGAAAUUCAGCACUGCUUGAUCUUGUGGUUUCACUUGCGAUCUUUUACUAAGUACUCGUCGACAACGAUUGAAUCAAAACGCCAGUGGCGUGGAGCAAUGAAAACUUCAACUCCAAGUCACAAUGUAUAGAGUUGAUCUUCCUCCUUUUUAAUUUCCCUUUGAAUAAACCAGUUUUGGAGAAGUUUGUGGUUAUUUGAACUAUAUAACUACUAUCAAAAAGUUUAUAAUGUUGAGAUAAGGAGUAGAUUUCUGUUUUGGAAAUGGAAAGACUGGACAAUCUGAAUCUCAAUGGCUUGGAAGUCACAGAGACACAUAAUGGUGGUGGCCCAAAAGAGAUAUUUAGAAACAGAAAGACAAGGUUCUGGGAAAAAGGGUAUUUGUGGUUGAAAGCAAAAGAAGAGAGCUUUCAUGUUGAAAACCAUAGCCCAUAGGAAUUCCUUGGGGGCAGGAAGAUCACUUUCAAAAUCCAGAAAGAAUCUUAAUCCAUGUCAUUUUCACAGUUUUCCUCUUUCAAGUUUUGGGUUAAGGUGGUUUUAUAGUCUUGUAUGUCAAUUUAACAAGCAAGUCUCCAUACUAUGAUUCUAAAUGUGGUUUAUUCAUCUUUGAACCCCUUGGUUUCUAAACAUUCACUGAAAUUGGUUAGUGAUUACCAAUAGAAUCAGCUCAUGUUUGAAAA